CUCCAACUCUCCUCUUGUGACUCAGUCUCUCAAGUGUGGAGAUUACAGAAAUGUGCUCUCAUUCCCAGCUUGAGAUAAUGUUAACACAGCCUGAUUCAUAAAAGAGUGUUCAUCUUUAAUUACUUUAGUAACUAAUAUAAUACAGCACAAAAAGCUUUAGAGUCCAUCUACCCUGACCUUACAUCUUAGUUCUAUGAUUUAUAAGCUGGGGCUUUGGGUAAAAUAAGUGCUUUGCAGAGACUUGCAACCUAACUAGGUUUUCUGUAUAUGCUUGUAACCUUUGUCUCCAGGAUCUAGGAGACUCUGGGCAUAGAUUACUCUAUACUGGAAAAUUAUCUUUCGAUUGAUUUUGCCUUAAUUUUGAAGUACUAAACUAAAACUAUUAGUAAAACAAGACUUCAUUAGCACUGUAGCCAGGUGAGUCAGCAAAGCAAGGUAUUUCAGUAUUUGAAGAAAUGAGAGACUGUUUCGGUAGGUUAAAUCCAGGAUUUGUGCAUGGGAAACACACACUGUAACACCGAGCUACACACCAACCGAAGGACCUUUAAAAUCAUACUAUACAACAGGGUUAGAGAAAUAGCCCAGCAGUUAAGAGCACUCACUGUUCCUACAGAGUUAAGUACCUGUGAUCCACAUUGCUACUCACAACCAUCUAUAACUCCAGUUCCAGGGGUCCAUAGCCUUCCAGCCUCUCCAGGCACAGCCACUCUGGGUGCACUUAUUUAUAUACAGGCAAAACACUUGUCCCUCAUAAUCUGUCUUUGAGGAGGAAAGACUAGAGAAUUUGGUAUGGGCAAAUUGAAACGCUUUUGAACACUCCUAUUAUUACUACUUUUCACAAGGCAUAUUUAUCUGUUUGCCAUAUGAGUACAUGUGUUUCCAAGAGUAAACAUUUAGAAAAAAAGCAUGAACUAAGGUACUAAGAUAAAACAAAUUAGUAAAAUGUACAUAUUAGCCAGAUAUGGUGCUACACAGCUGUAAUCCCAACAUGGGGAAGAUCAGAUCGUUUUUUAGUACCUUGUAAGUUUAAAGCCAUCCUGAAAGAAAGAGUAUUUCUUGUAUAGAGUCUCUCCCAUGUUGGUUCACAAGAUUUAACUGAAGCCAGAAGUGAGAGCACUCUAUUAAUCCCAGCUAUAGGGAAGCACUCAGUCCUGAACUCUAGACCUGCAUGAACAAUACAGCAAGACUUCCCGGGGAAGUGUGUGUGGGCUGGGGAAGGCAGGAGGUAUGUUGAUACAUACCUGUAAUUUACACACUUGUGAUGGGUGGAGGCAUGAAGUUCAGGAGUUCAAGGCUCAGUUAUAUGAAACACUGUCUCAAAAAAACAAAAUAAUAGGCUGGGUAGUGAUAGUGCACACCUUUAAUCCCAGCACACAGAGGCAGAGGCAGGUGGAUUUCUGAGUUUGAGGCCAGCCUGGUCUACAGAGUGAGUUCCAGUACAGCCAGGGCUACACAGAGAAACCCUGUCUCGAAAAAAAAAAAAAGAAAAAACCCUAUACUCUUAAAUACUUACAGGAGUUGCUUUACUAGCAGUCUCUCAUUGUAGAUCCUGAACUCCCUAAGAGUAACUUCCACAGUGGCACAAGUCAGUAUAGAUGAAUUCUGUGUCAAGCUUUUCUAUCAAGUCCUUAUUGACAGCUUUGUAAGUUUUUUUCAGUGCCACUGAGAUUCCAACUCAACUGUGCCACAUUGACUUGCGAAUCUCUUCCUCUGAGAUUUAAAGUUGAUUAAAAGUAAUAGCACUGGCUAAUGGAGUUAUAAAGAUUCACUGAAAUGACAUUUUAGCACCGUGUCUGGCUCAUGCCACCUACCUAAUGUAAGAAAGUUCAGGAAAUGCUAUUUGGUUAGAAAUAGAUCCAAGAAUCCUUUUUUUAGACUCAAGAAUUUUUUAAUAUACCUUUGAAUUUUUCUGUGGUUUAGCAUCCAUCUCAAGGGAAUACUGAUAGAAGGUACAGCAAUACUGCUUGGUUUUUUUUUUUUUUUUUAGAGUAAGCAGAUUUUUUCUUUUUAAGUUGUUAAGAUGAUAAUGGAAGGUUAAAUGUUAACAAAGAUUCCUCGAAGCUCCAAAUCUCUUUAAAGCAAAAGUCAAUGCCAGAGCUUCUUUGUGUAGCCAAAUGGGAAAAGCAGCUCUAACAUUUACCAACUGAAAGGUCUGUUUAAUUAGAUUCACCCUGAGACUGGAUUCAGUAGCAUACGCAUAAUUAAACCCCCCUCCCUUAAAAUGUGUGUUUUUACAUUUUGGAAUACAGUAAAUUUAAUUACUAGAAUUGGCUAUAAGAAUAUUCACAUAUAUUUUCAGUUUUUUGUUUAAGUUUUAAAUAUAUGCCCUGUCUUAGGGUUUCUGUUGCUGCCAUGAAACACCAAAAGCAGAGUUGGGGAAGAAAGGGUUUGACCUCGCACUUCGAUAUUCCACAUCAUAGUCUAUCAUUGAAGUUGGGACUCAAACAGGGCAGGAGCCUGGAGGCAGGAGCUGAUGCAGGGCCAUGGGGCUGCAUUCUCUCCUGCUCAACCUUCUUUCCUAUAGCACUCAGGACCACCUGUCGAAGGGUGGGCCCACCACAGCAGCUGAGUCCACCCACAUCAAUCUCUAAGAAAAGGCCUCACAAGCUCACCUACACCCCAGCCAAAUAGAGGCCUUCUCUCAGCUGAGGCUCCCACCUCUGAUGACUCUACCUUGUGUCAAGUUGGCAUAAAACUAGCCAGGACAGCUCCUUUAAAACAUACUUUGACAGUGUCCCACUGGAUUGUGAAAACUUAAAUUCUUACUCAUAAGGCCUCAGAUUUUAACUGACCUUUGCGUAAAUUUAUAAGUAGACACAUUAAAACCAGACGUAUAUUCAAAAACAGAUGUAUAAUUUGUCAAAAUUUUACCUCACAAGUAGUAAAUUCAUUAAAACUGGUAAAAUUCAUGGCCCUGAUAGUGUGGUCACUACAAUAGUGCUCCUUUGUUUAUCCACCAGCCCUGGCAGCACCUGGAAGAUAGUACCAAACGCUGAGGUGCUGCUGGUUGUCUGUAGACAUCUAUGCCAGUUUUUUAAUGAAGUAUAGUAAGAAAUUAAUAACAACAGUAAUAAGAUAAGACAAUUGUAGCAAAAUGCUGACAAGUCUGCCAUACAAGUCAUUUAUACAGAGUGACUACACUGGACAGGAGGAUGAUUCGUGUCCCAGAGAGGACAGUGAGAGACUUCAUUAUGCUGCUGAACACUGUAAUUCCAAAAAGAAAGAGUAUUGCUGUAAUUUUCCAUUCAUGUUUUCAGACCAAAGUUGAUCAGUGGUAACUUAGCUUGCGUAACAAAACCAAAGACAUGGCGAAACUACUGUAUUGACUAAACUUGGGUGCUUGCUUAAGAGACUUUUCUUUUGAUAAUAGUCACCUAUCAACUGUGACCUAAUUUCAGUCACCCUCCACAUGGUCAAGGAAAGAGAUGUGUAAACGAUGGGGUUAUUUCACUCUCUCCAACUGUCUCACAUGUCCAGACAUGAGAACCUGAGAUUGAGCCAAGCCAGUCUUCCAAGAGCAGUAGACCACUCAGUGUUGGGGGAGGGGUACGGUGAUGCCAGCCAAUCAGAAGCACAGCCAGUGCGCGUGAAACAAUGAACUUCUGAUGAGGGUGUGGCCUGGAAAACGGCUUUUUGACAAAACUGUCAUUUGAUGGGUCAGGUAUGGACAGACAUGGCACUUCUGCUGUCUUCAGAAUAAUAACACCAGACCCCUUUCCUGUUCUCUGCAUUCCUGAAAGAUCUAGUCCCUAAUCUAGGCUCGAGCUUCUCCACAGUCUUGGAGAACAGAGACCUACUUGGGGAGACAGUUUCCUGGUGCUGAAAAAUCCUGACCAUUGUCCUUGAACAUGAGUGCGCGAAGGCAGGAAUUACAAGACAGGGCAAUCGUCAAGAUAGCUGCUCACUUACCAGACCUCAUCGUCUACGGAGAUUUCUCUCCGGAACGGCCGUCAGUAAAAUGUUUUGAUGGAGUUCUGAUGUUUGUUGAUAUUUCAGGUUUUACUGCAAUGACUGAGAAGUUCAGCACGGCCAUGUACAUGGACCGAGGAGCCGAACAGCUCGUGGAGAUCCUCAACUACUACAUAAGUGCCAUAGUGGAGAAAGUGCUGAUUUUUGGAGGAGACAUCCUAAAAUUUGCAGGUGAUGCCUUGCUGGCCCUGUGGAAAGUGGAACGAAAGCAACUGAAGAACAUCAUCACGGUGGUGAUUAAGUGCAGCCUGGAGAUCCAUGGCUUGUUUGAAGCCAAGGAGGCUGAAGAAGGCCUGGACAUUCGAGUUAAGAUAGGGCUGGCUGCUGGCCACAUCACCAUGUUGGUCUUUGGGGAUGAAACACGGAACUACUUCCUGGUGAUUGGCCAGGCGGUGGAUGAUGUCCGCCUUGCUCAGAACAUGGCUCAGAUGAACGACGUUAUUUUGUCACCAAACUGCUGGCAGCUCUGUGAUCGGAGCAUGAUUGAAAUUGAGAGGAUUCCAGAUCAGAGAGCAGUUAAGGUUAGCUUCUUAAAACCACCCCCAACCUUUAAUUUUGACGAGUUUUUCACAAAAUGUAUGGGCUUCAUGGAUUAUUAUCCUUCUGGUGACCACAAAAACUUCCUAAGGCUUGCCUGCAUGCUGGAGUCUGAUCCUGAACUCGAGCUGUCUCUACAAAAGUACGUGAUGGAAAUCAUUUUGAAGCAGAUCGAUGACAAGCAGCUGCGGGGCUAUUUAUCUGAGCUUCGCCCUGUGACAAUUGUGUUUGUGAACUUGAUGUUUAAAGAGCAAGACAAAGUAGAAGUCAUAGGCUCAGCCAUCCAAGCUGCCUGUGUACACAUCACUUCUGUCUUGAAGGUCUUCCGAGGCCAGAUCAAUAAGGUCUUCAUGUUUGAUAAGGGCUGCUCCUUCCUCUGUGUCUUCGGCUUCCCUGGGGAAAAGGCUCCCGAUGAGAUCACUCAUGCGCUGGAAAGUGCCGUGGAUAUAUUUGACUUCUGCUCCCAGGUCCACAAAAUCCGUACUGUCUCCAUCGGUGUUGCCAGUGGGAUUGUCUUCUGUGGGAUCGUUGGACACACUGUGAGACAUGAGUACACAGUCAUCGGUCAGAAGGUCAACAUUGCUGCCAGGAUGAUGAUGUACUACCCGGGCAUCGUGAGCUGCGACUCUGUCACCUACGAUGGCAGCAACCUACCAGCCUACUUUUUUAAGGAGCUUCCGAAGAAAGUUAUGAAAGGAGUUGCAGAUCCUGGACCCGUGUAUCAGUGUUUGGGCCUCAAUGAGAAAGUCAUGUUUGGUAUGGCAUAUCUCAUCUGCAACAGAUAUGAGGGCUACCCUUUGCUGGGACGUGUUAGGGAGAUCGACUAUUUCAUGUCUACUAUGAAGGACUUUUUGAUGACGAACUGCAGCCGAGUUCUAAUGUAUGAAGGAUUACCAGGAUAUGGAAAAAGCCAGGUACUCAUGGAAAUCGAAUAUCUGGCCUCUCAGCAUGAGAACCACAGGGCUGUUGCUAUUGCACUGACUAAGAUCAGCUUCCAUCAAAAUUUUUAUACUAUCCAGAUACUCAUGGCUAAUGUACUAGGUCUGGACACUUGUAAACAUUACAAAGAACGACAGACCAAUCUUCAAAAUAGAGUCAAGACGCUGUUGGAUGAGAAGUUCCACUGUCUUCUUAAUGACAUCUUCCAUGUUCAGUUCCCUGUUUCCCGGGAGAUGUCCAGGAUGAGCAAGAUAAGAAAGCAGAAGCAACUGGAAGCCCUGUUUAUGAAGAUCUUGGCGCAAACAGUGAGAGAAGAAAGGAUUAUUUUCAUCAUCGAUGAGGCCCAGUUUGUGGAUGGAACCUCCUGGGCCUUCAUAGAGAAGCUCAUCCGCUCUAUGCCCAUCUUCAUCGUUAUGUCCCUGGCUCCUUUCUCUGAAGUUCCCUGUGCAGCUGCCAAUGCCAUAAUGAAGAACCGGAACACCACCUACAUCACGCUUGGUACCAUGCAGCCUCAGGAAAUCCGGGACAAGGUCUGUGUUGACCUUAGUGUAAGCAGCAUCCCCAGAGAGCUCGACUCGUACCUGGUAGAGGGAAGCUGCGGGAUUCCGUAUUACUGUGAAGAAUUGCUGAAAAACCUCGACCACCACAGAGUUCUCCUUUUUCAACAAGCAGAGACUGAGCAAAAGACAAACGUGACCUGGAAUAACAUGUUCAAGCACUCUGUUAGGCCAACAGAUGACAUGCAACUUUUCACUUCCAUAUCUGAGGGGCAGAAAGAAGUCUGUUACCUUGUGAGUGGUGUCAGGCUGAAUAAUUUGUCACCUCCAGCAUCGCUAAAAGAGAUAUCUCUGGUCCAGCUGGACAGCAUGAGCCUUUCCCAUCAGAUGCUGGUGAGAUGCGCUGCCAUCAUUGGCCUAACCUUCACCACGGAGCUGCUGUUUGAGAUUCUCCCCUGCUGGAACAUGAAGAUGAUGAUCAAGGCCCUGGCCACCCUAGUGGAAUCAAAUGUUUUCAAUUGCUUCCGGAGUAGCAAAGAUCUUCAACUAGCCUUAAAACAAAAUGUGCCAACAUUUGAGGUUCAUUAUCGCUCUUUGGCCCUGAAGCUCAAGGAAGGGUUAACUUACGGCGAAGAGGAGGAGCUCCGUGAGAUGGAAGGAGAGGUGGUUGAGUGCCGGAUCCUUCGGUUCUGCAGACCCAUAAUGCAGAAGACAGCCUACGAACUGUGGCUCAAGGACCAGAAGAAAGUCUUGCAUCUGAAAUGUGCCCGCUUUUUGGAAGAAAGUGCCCAUCGGUGCAACCACUGCAGAAACGUAGACUUCAUUCCCUACCACCAUUUCAUAGUGGACAUUCGACUCAACACUUUGGAUAUGGACACUGUCAAGAGGAUGGUGACAUCCCAAGGAUUUAAAAUUGACGAAGAGGAAGCCAUCUUUUCUAAGUCAGAGCUCCCUAGGAAAUACAAGUUCCCCGAGAAUCUCAGCAUCACAGAAAUAAGGGAAAAAAUCUUGCAUUUCUUUGACAAUGUCAUCCUAAAGAUGAAAUCGUCUCCAAAUGACAUCAUCCCUCUGGAAUCCUGCCAGUGUAAGGAACUGCUCCAGAUUGUCAUCCUGCCUCUGGCCCAACAUUUCGUAGCCUUAGAAGAAAACAACAAAGCCUUGUACUACUUCCUAGAACUGGCAUCUGCCUACCUCAUCCUGGGAGACAACUAUAAUGCGUACAUGUAUUUGGGCGAGGGAGAAAGGCUGCUGAAAUCUCUGACGAAUGAAGAUUCUUGGAGUCAGACCUUUGAAUAUGCUACCUUUUAUAGUCUCAAGGCUGAGGUCUGUUUUAACAUGGGGCAGAUGGUCCUCGCCAAGAAGAUGCUGAGGAAGGCGCUGAAGCUGCUCAACAGAAUGUUUCCCUGCAAUCUGCUCACCCUGACUUUCCAAAUGCAUGUGGAGAAAAACAGACUCUCCCACUUCAUGAACCAGCAUACCCAGGAGGGCUCGGUGCCAGGGAAGAAACUGGCACAACUUUACCUGCAAGCUUCCUGCUUCUCCUUGCUGUGGAGGAUCUACAGCUUGAACUUCUUUUUCCACUACAAGUAUUACGGUCAUCUGGCCGCGAUGAUGGAAAUGAACACUUCCCUGGAAACUCAAAAUGACUUCCAGAUCAUCAAGGCUUACCUGGACUUUUCCCUGUACCACCACCUCGCUGGCUACCAGGGCGUGUGGUUCAAAUAUGAAAUACUGGUCAUGGAGCAGCUCCUGAACCUCCCCCUGAAAGGCGAGGCCAUUGAGAUCAUGGCGUAUACAGCCGACACACUGGGCCACAUCAAGUUCUUAAUGGGUCAUCUGGACUUGGCCAUUGAGUUAGGCUCUCGAGCCCACAGGAUGUGGUCACUUCUUCGGAAUCCCAACAAAUACCAGAUGGUUCUCUGCAGACUGAGUAAACCUCUUUUCUUGAAAAGCAGAUAUAAACAUUUGGUCCAGGUGCUGGGAUGGUUGUGGGACCUUUCUGUAACAGAAGAGGACAUCUUCAGCAAGGCAUUUUUCUAUUUCGUCUGCUUGGACAUCAUGCUUUAUUCUGGCUUCAUUUACAGAACAUUUGAAGAAUGCUUGGAAUUCAUACACCACAAUGAAGACAACAGAAUCCUCAAGUUCCAGAGCGGACUCCUCCUGGGACUUUACUCCUGCAUCGCUGUCUGGUAUGCCAGACUUCAAGAGUGGGACAACUUUAACAAAUUUUCCGACAGAGCUAAGCAUCUCGUGACACGAAGAACCCCGACAGUUCUUUACUACGAAGGGAUCUCUAGGUACAUGGAAGGGCAAGUCCUCCACUUGCAGAAGCAAAUAGAAGAACAGGCCGAGAACGCUCAGGACAGUGGGGUGGAGAUACUCAAGGCCUUGGAGACCCUUGUGGCUCAAAAUACCACCGGCCCCGUCUUCUACCCGAGGCUCUACCAUCUGAUGGCCUAUGUCUGCAUACUAAUGGGAGACGGGCACAGCUGUGACUUCUUCCUGAACACAGCCUUGGAGCUUUCUGAGACACAUGGGAAUUUGCUGGAGAAAUGUUGGCUAAGCAUGAGCAAGGAAUGGUGGUACUCAGCCUCCGAGUUAACAGGAGAUCAAUGGCUUCAGACAGUCUUGAGUCUUCCAUCAUGGGAUAAAAUUGUAUCAGGCAAGGGAGGUCAGAGGAAACGUUCGUGGAGUUGGUUCUGUCCCCCCAACUUUUCAAUGGUUUCCUGGAGUCAACCUCAGUGUGCAUGACGGCUUGGAGCUGCACAGGAUUGCAAAUGUCAAGCCUCUGUCGAGGUCUGAAGCAGCAAGAUUAGAAAGAAUAAAGUUGUCUGUGCCAGCUUCCGGAGCCAUGGUGGUGCCCCACAGGCACCUCACAUCUGUACAAAUAAAAGCUUUAAGUAGAAA